UACGGAGUGCUGCAGUUCCAGAACUUUGGGUUCGAGGGCUAUUUCUACAACGUGAAGAGUAUCGACUCGAGCUCGAACGACUCGUGCACGUGCGAGAUCAACACAGACAAGCCGGCCAGUUUUGAAGGUGCGAUCUCGCCGCUCAACAACGAGGUCUCGGUGCACAUCAGAGGCCCAAUAAAUUUGCAGAAAUUCGGAUACUAUGUCGCCGACGACUACACCUACGGCCAGACCAACGGCUCUUGGUCGCGGCUCGCAUACUACGACUCCGACGACCUCACCGCAGACAACGUGACGUUCCUCGGCAACGUGGGUGAGAAUGUCACGUGCCUCGGAAAAGCACUCGACUACGUCGACUCUGACGGCGUGUCGCCCGCUAGUGAGAGCACCGUGCUGGGCAACGUGACGCUGCAUUCCAACGAGGAGCUCAUCAUCAUGUCUAACGUGUCGUGCGGCGACUCUGGGUUCAGCAAGGACUGCGGUGUUUAUAGAGACGGCAUCCCGGCCUACCACGGCUACUACGGAACCACCAAGAUGUUCUUGUUCCAGUUCCGCGCGCCUGAGGAAGACAGCGUCAGCGAGGACACCGCGUCCUACAACAUGCCCGCCAUCUGGCUUCUGAACGCGCACAUCCCGCGCACGGCGCAAUACCCGACCAACGCCAACUGCUCGUGCUGGAGCUCGGGCUGCGGCGAGUUUGACAUUUUCGAGAUCCUCAACACCACCGAGGCCCUGCACUUCUACUCGACGAUCCACGACUACCAGGGCACCGACGACAUCGAGACGGGGCUGGCCAACGAAGGCUACCUGGAGCGCACGCCUGGCGCCGUCAUGAUGGGCGGUGUGGUCUUUGGCAGCGACGGGACUGCAACGGUGUUUCUAUCAAACUCCACCGCUUUUGACGAGACCAUCAGCAACUCCGACCUCAACAGCUGGAUCUCGAAUGCGGAAGAGACCGAGUCGGAGCACACCAUGACGCUGUCC